AUGUAUUAUUUCAAACUGCUUGUUUUUACUCUAACGUUGUUGUCUUUCGCACAUUUACGAUGUUGUUUUGAAGCCAAGCCGCAAAGUAAGAGUAACCAGCGUAAUUACUUGCUAUACAACAAACAUGGACAUUAUUUGGCAAUACAUUCUGACGGAAGUGUUGAUGCUACUUUAAACACAAGUUCUAUAGACGUUGUUGUUCAACUGCAAUCCUUUGGUGUAAAAUUCAAGAGAAUAAGAAAACCAGGUUCAUUUUAUUUGGCAAUGAAUGACGAGGGAGAAGUUGUGACACGGAAAAAUCCAGGACCUGACACAAUGUUCAUAGAGCACCUCGACGAUCAGUCAUGGGUUUGGUACGAAAGUUACACUAACGGUUAUAUCUUAGCUCUCACAGAAGAUUACACAACGAGGGAUAAAUUAAAAGCAAAAAAUCACACAAGACCAAAAGAACACAAAACGGAUACACAGUUUUUGCAACUAGAUGUGCCAUGGAAGUUGAGAAAGCAGUUGAAAAAGAACUAA